CAGUGCCGUCUUCUCGCGAGAGCAGGCCGCGCGACUGGAAACAUUAGCGACCCCGGAAGUCCUCCCAGGCACAGCUGGUCUGUAAGAUCUCGUCCCCCCUUCGCCGCCCCGAGGGGUGCACUACGCGACUGGCCAUGGACGAUACCCUGUUCCAGUUGAAGUUCACAGCGAAGCAGCUAGAGAAACUGGCCAAGAAGGCAGAGAAGGACUCCAAGGCUGAGCAGGCCAAGGUGAAGAAGGCCCUUCAGCAGAAAAAUGUGGAAUGUGCCCGUGUGUAUGCUGAAAACGCCAUCCGCAAGAAGAAUGAAGGUGUAAACUGGCUCCGGAUGGCGUCCCGUGUGGAUGCAGUAGCCUCCAAGGUGCAGACAGCUGUGACCAUGAAGGGGGUGACCAAGAACAUGGCACAGGUGACCAAGGCUCUGGACAAGGCGCUGAGUGCCAUGGAUCUUCAGAAAGUGUCUGCAGUGAUGGACAGGUUUGAGCAGCAGGUGCAGAACCUGGAUGUGCACACAUCGGUAAUGGAGGAUUCUGUGAGCUCUGCCACCACGCUGACCACACCUCAAGAGCAGGUAGACAGCCUCAUUGUACAGAUUGCUGAGGAAAAUGGCUUGGAGGUCCUAGACCAGCUCAGCCAGCUUCCAGAGGGUGCCUCUGCUGUGGGCGAAAGCUCUGUGCGCAGCCAGGAGGACCAGCUGUCUCGGAGGUUGGCUGCCCUGAGGAAUUAGCAUGCCCUUGGCAGGUGUUGCCUCCCUUGUCCUGUGACGUACUGGAGGCUUCUGCCUCACUCUGCGCUCAACUUUCUCCAACCCUUCAUAGCUGCCUUGGCUCUUCUCCAACCUGUCAGGCUGGGCGCCUUAGAACAGAGCCUUAGGUUGGGCAGUGGGCCUCUGACCUGGUAUUGAAUUUGCACAAAUGUAUAGGUGACUCAUGUGACUUGUGGGCCACAGCUGGAAGAUGGCAAGCUCUGUUUUGUCCUCUGCCUAUGUGGGAUUGACAGACAGGGUUUGGCCAGCAGAUGUGUGGACUUCAGCCCAGUGCCUCGGGGCCUUCAGAUCGCACUGAGCGUAAACCUGCUGCUUGCUGUGGCCAGUGAGAGUCAGAGCCACUCCUUUGCCAAGCAGCUCUUGGGAGACUCUCCCCGAUCUCUGCAGACAGGAAAUUCUGUUGUGUGACAGUCCUGAGUGGGUUCCUGUGAACUUUUGUGCACCAGAGAUGUCCAGUGCCACCAACACUGACCAGGGCCUUUGCAAGAUGGUUACUGUCCUCCAUCUUCCAAGGGUUGAGCUCUUGGCUGCCACUGCCAGCUGGCUGAGUCUGCCUGGGCUUGCUGUCCCUCAACUCCUUCCCCAGCCCACAGGAACAGAACUGGCACCAAUCUCAAGUCCAGGUGUUCCCUUCCAAGAGAUCCUCACCCUUCCUCAGCAGCUGCCUCUAGAAGGACUUUGGACCACUUGGGCUGAACAGUCUGCCUGGUGGUGCCAGGCCUCCAGUGAGCGAUACAGCCUUCCAGGCCUUUUUAGAGCGUCUCGCUCUUGAAUGUGAGGUUCCCCUGACUCUGUCGUUUUAGAUACGGGCUGUUGCCUUCUCCAAGGGAAAGCCAGGGUGGCUCACAAGGGAACCUGGGACAGUCCCCUUUGGCUGUGGUCACCUCUUUUACAUCCCUUUGCAGUGGGGAAGCUGGCAGGAAGCAAGUGAUGAGGCUCCCUGGGGUGGCCUCAAGGCUGUGUGUGUGCAGGCUGCAGUUUUAUUUUUCUGUCUCCUGAAGUUUACUCAUGUUCUUAAAACUCCUGGCGAUUUUGUUCUUUUGCCAAAGUAGAAAGCACACAGCAGAUGGGGUGUGUUUGUCCCAGCCCUCUUCACAAGCUGAGCAGUACAGUACUGCCUACAGGGUUACAUGCAAACUUGGAGGCUUUACCUGGACUCCCUGUGUUUGGGUUUUUUCUGCUCUGCACUUUGGGGCCCUUCAUUGCUCCAACAUUACAAGUUGAUGUUGGAGGUGGGGGCUGGAAUUGUUGACCCUGGGUGUGGGGACCAAGAUACAAUCUAACUAUGGGCCCCUCGGGCUCCCUGAAAUCAGCCUACCUGACAGGUGUUGAGAGUUGCUACAGUCUCUCAGGGGACAGCCUGUGAGCUCCCUGGGUCCUGGAGGGUGCGGGCUUUGUGGCACACUAAUAGAGUUGGGGGUGCUGGGCUGGGUUCACAAAAUGGGCAUAUCUGUACUUAAAAUGCUGUUGUAAGUAAAUAAAUUGGUUGUUGGAGAA